GAAGCAGCAGGCGGCCGCGCGGGUGUGUUUUAUAGUUGGAGUCUGUGCCAAUAGACGUCUCUGCCCGAACAUAACACACACCCCACAAUAAUUUUCUACCCCCAACAUCAGCAGUGAUUUCAUAAGACACAUUCUUCGCUUGCCGCUUUUAUAUCAUCACUUUGUGACGGAUUGGUAAACAUCCUACGCAUUUACUUAUCAUCUCGGAAGCUGCUGAAGAUCACAGUUCUCAACCUGAAAUAUUCGCGGCUAGACAGCAUUCGCGUUCCAGCAUGACAAGUAGUGAGCUAGUGUCGCCGACGGGCACUGAUGUAGCCCUUGUCGGUGCUGACAGUUGUGAAAACAAGGAUACAAGGGUGCAAAUGAAGAAGCAGUUGGGGUUGCUCGAAGGGGUGGCUAUUAUCUUGGGCAUCAUUUUUGGAUCUGGAAUUUUCAUAACUCCCAAAGGAGUACUAGAAUCUGCGGGCUCCGUUGGCGUGUCAUUGUUAGUAUGGUGCUCUUGUGGACUGCUUUCUAUGAUUGGUGCUCUUUGCUACGCUGAAUUGGGCACCUCCAUCCCUAAGUCCGGGGGCGACUACGCCUAUAUCUACGAAGCAUUUGGCCCCUUGCCAGCGUUUUUGUAUCUUUGGGCCGCAAACAUAAUUUUUGUACCAACAACCAACGCGAUAAUGGGACUCACUUUUGCCAAUUAUGUCAUCAAACCUUUCUUUCCUAUCUGUCAAUGUCCUGACAUAGCCGUGCGCCUAGUUGCUGGAGCUGCAAUAUGUUUUCUGACGUUUAUCAACUGUUAUAACGUCCGCUUGACCACCAAACUGCAGGAUGGAUUUAUGUUCGCCAAAAUAGCAGCUCUGGUCAUCAUCAUCAUUGCUGGCAUCAGCUACAUGCUCUUGGGAAACUACCAAAAUUUCUCUCAACCUUGGGAAAACUCAUCCACAAACGUUGCUCAAAUCGCCACCUCAUUUUACUCUGGAAUUUUCUCCUAUGCCGGGUGGAACUACCUCAAUUUCAUGACAGAGGAGCUUAAGAAUCCCUAUGUUAAUUUGCCCAGAGCCAUCUACAUUUCUUUGCCACUUGUCACUAUUAUUUACGGACUGGCCAAUGUUGCUUACAUGGCUGUUCUGUCAACCACAGAUAUUCUGGCUUCUGAUGCUAUUGCUGUGACUUUCAGUGACAAAGUGCUGGGUGUAUUUUCCUGGAUAAUGCCGUUUUUUGUGGCCCUCUCUGCUCUUGGUGGACUCAGUGUUCAUAUUAUGACUUCGUCCCGUUUGUGCUUCGUAGGAGCUCGACAGGGCCACUUCCCAACCAUGCUCUCUCUCAUCAAUAUCAAUAGAUACACUCCAACACCCUCACUGGUGUUUCUGAAUAUCCUUUCACUCUUGAUGCUGGGCACAAGUGAUGUGUUUUUACUCAUCAACUACUCUAGUUUUGUCGAGUCGUUUUUCAUCAUGCUCUCUGUUGCCGGCAUCCUGUGGCUUCGCUACAAAAAGCCCAACAUGCACAGACCAAUCAAUAUUUCCGUGGUGUAUCCUAUCUUGUUCGUGUUCAUUUGUGCCUUCCUCGUCAUUCUGCCCAUAUUCGACAAGCCCUUUGACACUGGAAUGGGCAUCUUGAUCACCCUUUCAGGAAUUCCUGCUUACUUGAUUGGCGUUAAAUAUGAGAACAAACCCAAAUGGUUCAACCAUGCUCUCUGUGCUCUUACUGAUUUCGUGCAAAAAAUGUCUCUCUCUGCCAAAGAAGAGCAUGAUCAAGAUUGAGCGGUGCAAAGUUAAGUGUUUUCUCUUUUUCAAAAAUUUUCCCCACCGUCGCUUCUUUUGGGGCUCGCGCCGCUCCAAACAAAGAUUCAAGUAAAUCAAGUGUUUUAUGCUGCUACUGGAAUCUCGUUCUAAAGACUGAAAGGAAAAUCUGAAUUGAGGAAUCAGUCAUUUCUGUUUUGGCUUCAUAUGUAUACAAACGGCCGAUAAAAAUUCAACUAGUGACUCUUUUUCUGAUGAUAUUAUUGUUUAUGUAGCAGGCUAUGCAUCUAAUUGUUUAAAGAACAACUAUCAUCUCAUCUCAUUGUCACAUCACUGAAACAAAAAAAUGUUAAAAUUGAGUGUCGUGAUCUGCUUGUGAUAACCUACUAAAAAUUAUGAUUUUGAAGAGAAAUUUUGCCAACUAAUAGUUGUCACUAAAACCAAACUAGUUUAUGUAAAAAAAUAGCAGUCGUAGACUGCGAAAAUGGAUCUGACCGUGUUAAACAGUGAGGUGGAAUAUUUAAUCCUAAAUUGUGUCCUUUGAUUUUGUAUACUAUUUUGUCUUUGUUUUAGUAUUGAAACUUCUAUCCUUAUUAGUUUUCAGUAAUGUUGGUAGAACCAAGAAAAACGCCAGUCAAAUUUAGAAGUAUAGAUUUUUUAAAGAAAAAAUAUCAUUUUGGCUUUUUGAAAGUAUUAUUCAUGAAUAAAAUUUUUGUACAAACUAAACUCUA